UGGGAUCGCAGGUUGGAGGGAGGGGGGUUAACUUUCUUGGAUCUGAUGCUUCAUUUUGUCGUCCGCUAGGAAAAGUAAAUUUAAGAGUUACCUGCCCCCUAUUUAUAUAAAAAGUUCGAGUUUCCGGUGCUUGAGGGUAGAAACUAGAAUGUGGUUAAGACACAGAUGACCAUGACCUAACGGCGAAAUUGUCCCUUUUGUUGUUGUUAGGUUAGUGUUCUUUGGAGAAUUAUAAUUAUUAGAGAAUAUAAUACUCCUAUUAUAUUAUAAGCGAGAUCUAGAAUCUAGUAGUCUAGGAAUUCAUCAUAAUUCAUGAUCAGUAAGCCUGCAAUAAAUAAAGUAUGAUAAAAAAGUGCUGUUUCUUACUUACUUGGGCACCGAACACUGGCUUCAACUUUGAUUUGCAGCAGUUGCAGUUCAAGGAAGUUGCAGGAAUACAGCAGGAUCAACAGUUUUCUUGACACCCUGUCUAGCUCCAGUUUCAGCUGUCAGCAACUGAUUUAGACUUUUCAAUCACCAUGGAGAAAUCAGUGACUUUCAUGAUUUUUCAGUUUCUGAUGGUCUCAACCUUUGUUGAAGGGUCUCAGGGUGUUGUUAGAUAUAAUGGAAUGCUGAAUUCAACUAUAAAUGUUGAAGCCAUAAGUAUUUUCCCUUUCACUGUGACUGUGGACAAAAGUUCUGAAAUUUUCUUCAGCUAUUCUGCUCUCGACACCAGCAAUGCCUCCGUUGCUUCUGUUCUGUCUAACGUUUAUCUGAAGGCUGCACUGGGAGAUGAUUCUAUGGCUGAAAUAAAAGGGAACUUCACCUUUCACUUGGAUACAUUACUGAUGUCAGAAAACUUUUCUAUUAAUGUUGAGGGGAAAUUGCCAGGGAGAGUCACCCUUUUCAUUAGUAUUGUUGAGCAAACUGCUGGUGGUCAGCCUCUUACUGUGCAUGGGUCUGAAGAAACACUCGGACAGUUCCCUUUCAAACUUCUAAUCGAGAGGGAGGAGAGAGGAAUUGACAAAGCUUUCACAAUUGUUGUUGUCUUCCUUGUUGUGAUUGCUAAUAUUGGAAUGGGCUGUAAGGUUGACCUUGAAGUGGUAAAGACAGAACUUAAACGACCAAUAGCCCCAGUCAUUGGUCUUUGCUCUCAGUUUAUCAUCAUGCCAUUGAUUGCCUUUGCGUUUGCCUACAACCUGGAUCUGGAUCCUGGCAUAGCUUUGGGGUUUUUUGCUCUUGGCUGCUCCCCAGGAGGUUCUGCUAGCAACGCAUACACUCACUUCUUAGGAGGAAGUGUCAGCCUCAGUGUGACCAUGACCUUGGUUAGCACUAUCGCAGCCCUUGGUCUGCUUCCAAUGUGGCUGUUUACUUUGGGUCAACUGGUAUACAAGGAUGGUGAUGUAACUAUACCCUUCCAGAACAUCGUAUUCUCAUUGAUUGGUAUUGUGGUACCAGUGGUUAUUGGACUUUUUUUACAGAGAAAGUUUCCUAAGGUAGCUGAACUUGCCGUCAAGAUCGUGAAAUAUGUGAUGAUUCUGUUCAUAAUAUUCGUGCUCACAGUUGGAAUCUACGCAAAUGUAUACAUCUUUUACCUAGUCGAUGGGGAAGUUUUGUUGUCGGCAGCCUUAUUGCCAUACCUUGGGUUCAUUUUUGGUGGCAUUGCUGCUGUCGUUGUUGGACAGAAAAAGCCUAAUAUCAUCGCUAUUGCUGUGGAGACUGGGAUACAGAACACAGGCAUUCCCAUUGUCUUGCUACAGGUGUCUCUGUCAGGACCAGACAAAGACACAGCUAUUGUGUCGCCCGUCAUAUCUGCCUUAUUCACUCCUCUGCCUCUUGUAGCAAUUAUUAUUUAUGUUCAGGGCAAAGCGUAUCUAAAGAGGAAACGAGAAGCAGGGAAGAGGAAGGCAGGAGAUGCAUACAUAGAUGAUGGGCAUGAGGAUGUUGCUGGCUCUAGUGAUGAAUUUCUUCAAAAGACAACACCUGCGUGAGUCUUGUAAAUCAAAAUGGCUGUUUGUUAUUUGGGUAGAAGAGCAUGAAGAGAUCUAUUUAUUCUUUUUUGAAACUUAUGCUCUUUGCUUCUAUUGAAAGACGUGAAGAAUACAAUAUGCUUCAAGCGAAUCGUGCACUAAAUAGAUCUGUAUCUUGUACAGUCACCAAUUUUAUUUUUCUUUCUUUCGAUCAGAACAAUUUAUCAUGAUGCUUGUUAAAAGCAGACUGAAAUAAAAUACAGUGGAGUCCACUUAUAACGGGUCCUGAAAUAAUGAGAAGUCUGUUAUAUACAGACUAUUCUAAAACCCUGUUUUUUCUCUUCUUUAUCUUGGUAAAUAAGAUACUGCUAUAAUGCAAUCAGACAAACACGCGAGUCAGUUAUAGUGGAAUAUUGCUUCUGCUGUGCACAGCUCAUAGGCCUAUUAUGCAUGUAAAACCUCACCAGUUGAGAAACUUGUUGGUGACCUAGC